AUGAUGUGUUCAGAGGAGAAUUUUCAAGUUCUAGUAAAUGUGCCAGGUGACAAGCACUGCGUUGUUGUGGAUACGUACUGGCAAACUGAGACCGGUGGUCAUGUGAUAGCGCCGUUGCCUGGCGCAAUACCAACCAAACCAGGAAGCGCCACUCUGCCUUUCUUCGGUGUUGUGCCGACUAUUGUAGAUGCACAAGGGCGUGAGUUGGAGGGACCUGGAGAGGGCAAUCUUGUUGGUUUUAUGCGAUUUAUUGUCUGCAUUUGUAACAUUUUAUUUGUGCUUUGUGGUCUUGUUUUCGUAUGCAUCCGAGGUGAUGAAGAUAAGUAG